AUGGACACAACAACCCCUGCAAGGAUGAGCGUGGAGGAACAUGACGGCCAAUCUCUUGAUAACUUUACACAACUGGGAGAUGUCUUGUCCUUGUGUGUAUCAGUCUUCUAUAAAGGACCGUGGAAUAAGGGCUCCAUUGAGAUCUCGUGGUGCGUCGGUAAGCCCGGAAAUGGCAUGCGUGAUGCCGCAACAUCACUGAUCACGGCUUUCAUUGAGACCCUAGAGAGUGAUCAGGCCAUGUUGAGCACGGAUUCAACUUUGAAUAGGCUUGAUGAGUGGCUUCAAGGAGCACACCCAGUGUUCAGGCAGACUUUCUGCACUGAGCGGCCCGAGACUGAGGAGGCUCGUGAGGCGUGGGAGGUCGUUGAUGAGGCGUUGUCAAAGGAUAUAGAAGCACACCUGCAAGGCAUGUCAAGUAUGGUCUCUUCUGUUGAGUUUUUGCCCAUCAGUCAUCAUACCUUUACCAAGGAGCACUAUUUUGGGACCAAGACCAGUUUCACAAAGCACAUAGUGACAUUGUUAGGGACACAGCCAGAGAAGUUCAUCUCUGGAGUGGAACAGCUUAAAACCCCUUUUUGGGACACUGUCACAAACUACGUCGUGACACCUCAAUUAUUGUUCGAAUGUGUACGACGAGUACGAUUACGAUGA